UCCAUCUGCCAGGGGUUACGUGGCUGCUAGGGAGCCGGAUACCAGCAAUAUUUAUAGAAUUUGUUCCUUUUUAAAAAAUUUAUAUGAGGCAUAAAAUUUACCAUCUUAACCACGUCUACCCAAGCGUGCGGUGCAGUGGCCGUGAGCACAUUCACGCUGUUGGACUGCUGUCUUCACCUCCCGCCCCCAGGCCUCCUUCCUCGUCCCAAACCCGAGCUCUGCACCCGUGAGACGCCGCGCUGUCCCCUUCCCGGCCCCCGUCGCCUCUCUGUACCUCUGUGUCUGUGCAGUUGACUGCUGUCACCUCGCGGAAGUGGAGCCCUUCAAGGUCUGUCUUGUGUCUGGCUUAUUUCACUGAGCGAGAUGUUUUCAAGCUUCGUGCCAUAGCACGCGUCACAUUCCCUACUUCUUUUAAACUGAGUGAUGUCACAUUGUAUGGAGAGACCACAUUUGGUCUUGGACAUUUCAGUUAUUGGACAUUUCAGUUAUUUUUCUUUUUUAUAGUAAGAAUUUUCUGUGGUAAUUGUCUAAAACUAGGAAUUAAAUGAACGUAGGCGAAGUGUUAGAUUCAGGCCUGACAGUUUCAGCAAACACUGGCUGCUGGCUUCUCCUGUCCUUCCUCCUCCUCUCAACGCUGAAUUCCUACCUGGGCAGCAGGGAAGGGAGGCCAGGCUGGCUUGCACCCACGUUCGUUGUCCUUCCCUCAGCCUCGCCCUCUCUUUCUCUCCUCCCCUCCCUCCCUCAGGGGGUAGAUGUCCCUUGAUCUGUAGCAGGGAGGGGUAACCUGAGGAUCCAGAUGUUCCUUCAGUAGCUUUCAGUCAGUUCCUACUCUAUCCUCCUUCCACACCCACUUCAGAGGUCGGCCUGGCACCAGACCCGCCCCUCCAGGGUCCCAAGGUUCUCCUGCUUCCUCGCUGCUGUGCUGAGACUCCUGUUUUUCUUGGAUCUGCUUAUUUACCAUCCAUCUAUCUGCUUUCUAGCCUUCUGCAUUUUGUUAUCAUCUCUUGUUUUCUGUUCUGUAGGUUUCAGCUUUAAGAAAAAGCAGUAUUUUUGGUAUUGAAGAUAGUCAUGUAUUUAAUCUUCCAUUUUUAUGGGAAACGUUUUCUAAUCCUUUUUACAUGUGUGUAUGUCUGUCUGUGUCUUCUCUUUCAGAAGACAGCUAUUCUGGGCGUCCUAGUCUGCAUAGCGGUGUGGACCUCUAGUCGCUCUUCUUACAGGAGUUAAUAGUUGUAGUUAUCUCGAAGCAGGCUGCCUUCUGUGUCCCAGCUCCAGUUCUAGAAUUCCCUUGGAUAGUUGUGGCUUAGCUUGGGUGGCUGGCAGUCCUUCCUGAGCUGUGCACUGCCCCUCCUACCUCCCCUACCUUCCCAUACGCAGCGGUCAUUCCACACGCACCCUGCCCCUCUACCUGCAUGCAGCCCCUGCAGCCUGAGCUCAGUCGGCACCCUCCAAGGGCUAGGUGACUGUCUCGCCAGUUGCCACUGCUAUCAUUUUAAAUUUACUGAUGAAUGAGUCUGAGCCUGUGAGUUACAAGCUGCGUCUGUUACUGACUGCCGUGUUUUCAGUGUAGGCACACGUGUUGGUGCUCAGCAGUUGACUGAGUAUAUAUAUACCCAGCAUAGCCAAAUGGCUUGCAGAACAUUUGUUCACCUUCCUGUAAGGAUUUUGAGAGGUGAUCUUCCUUGGGGUCCUCAGCCUAAUGUACUCUUUGUAUUCCAGUAGUUUCAGAGGUCUCGUGGUUUUCAUUUUUUAUAUGAAGUUAUAUUGGGAGGAGGAGAAGUGUUAGGGUGGUUAGUGUUUGCUAAGGAUCCCCUCACCAUCUGCUCAGGCUUAUUCUCUGCUUUACGGUCUAAGGGCAGGUGGUCCCUGUAUUUGUCAUGUGCUGUGUGUCGGUUCCCCUUGAUGCCUAACGGGCCCUGCACCGAAGCACCAGAGGGCCCGGGAGAGCCUCAGCACGGGCUGUCGGCACACUUACAUCCUCCAUGAGGAGAACACCGCUGUCUUCUACUUACCACCCUCUCUUGUCCGAGGGCCGUUUCGCAUGAGCGAGGAAAGGUACCAGCUGGAAGAUGAGUCUGCCCAUUUGGAUGAAAUGCCAUUAAUGAUGUCUGAAGAAGGCUUCGAGAAUGACGAAAGUGAUUACCAUACGUUACCACGAGCUAGGAUCACACAGAGAAAAAGAGGACUAGAGUGGUUUGUCUGUGGAGGAUGGAAGUUCCUCUGCACCAGUUGCUGUGAUUGGCUGAUAAAUAUUUGUCAAAGAAAGAGGGAACUGAAAGCUCGCACAGUGUGGCUUGGAUAUCCUGAAAAGUGUGAAGAAAAGCAUCCCAGAAAUUCUAUAAAAAAUCAAAAAUACAAUGUAUUUACCUUUAUACCUGGGGUUUUAUAUGAACAAUUCAAGUUUUUCUUGAAUCUCUAUUUUCUGGUAGUAUCCUGCUCACAGUUUGUACCAGCAUUGAAAAUAGGCUAUCUCUACACCUACUGGGCUCCUCUGGGAUUUGUUUUGGCUGUUACUAUCAUGAGGGAAGCAAUUGAUGAAUUUCGGCGUUUUCAGCGAGACAAGGAAGUGAAUUCACAGCUCUACAGCAAGCUUACAGUAAGAGGUAAAGUGCAAGUUAAGAGUUCAGACAUACAAGUUGGAGACCUCAUCAUAGUGGAAAAGAAUCAAAGAAUUCCAUCGGACAUGGUAUUUCUUAGGACAUCAGAAAAAGCAGGUUCGUGUUUUAUUCGAACUGAUCAGCUUGAUGGUGAAACCGACUGGAAGCUGAAGGUGGCGGUGAGCUGCACACAGAGGCUGCCAGCCCUGGGGGACCUUUUUUCAAUCAGUGCUUAUGUUUAUGCUCAGAAGCCACAACUGGAUAUUCAUAGCUUUGAAGGCACAUUUACCAGGGAAGACUGCGACCCACCCAUUCAUGAGAGUCUCAGCAUAGAAAAUACGCUGUGGGCGAGCACCAUUGUUGCAUCAGGUACGGUAAUAGGUGUUGUCAUUUAUACUGGAAAAGAGACUCGAAGUGUAAUGAACACAUCCAAUCCAAAAAAUAAGGUUGGUUUGUUGGACCUUGAACUCAAUCAGCUGACCAAAGCACUGUUUGUGGCUUUAGUUGCUCUCUCGGUUGUUAUGGUAACCUUACAAGGAUUUGUAGGCCCGUGGUACCGCAACCUGUUUCGGUUCCUCCUCCUCUUCUCCUACAUCAUUCCCAUCAGUUUGCGUGUGAACUUGGACAUGGGCAAAGCUGCGUACGGAUGGAUGAUCAUGAAGGACGAGAGCAUCCCCGGCACGGUCGUGCGGACCAGCACCAUCCCAGAGGGCCUGGGGCGCCUGGUGUACUUGCUGACGGACAAAACAGGAACCCUCACCCAGAACGAGAUGGUGUUUAAGCGGCUGCACCUGGGGACCGUGUCUUAUGGAGCAGACACAAUGGACGAGAUCCAGAGCCACCUCAGGAAUCCAUACUCACAGCAGAUGCAGUCUCAAGCUAGCGGGAACGCUGCCAGUUCAACGCCACCAAAAAAGGCCCAAUCCUCAGCUCCCAAAGUGAGAAAAAGUGUUAGCAGUCGAGUCCACGACGCGGUGAAGGCCAUUGCACUGUGCCACAACGUGACCCCCGUGUACGAGCCUCGAGCCGGUGUGACCGCGGAGGCCGAGUACGCGGAGGCAGACCAGGACUUCAGCGACGGGAACCGCACCUACCAGGCCGCCAGCCCUGACGAGGUGGCCCUGGUGCAGUGGACGGAGAGUGUCGGCCUCACCCUGGUCAGCAGAGACCUCGCCUCCAUGCAGCUGAGGACCCCCAGCGGCCAGAUCCUGACCUACUGCAUCCUGCAGAUGUUCCCGUUCACCUCGGAGAGCAAGCGCAUGGGGGUCAUCAUCCGGGUAGACUUGCCGCUCGCGUUCCCUCGGGCUUGCGCGUGGCUCGCUGACGAGUCCACUGCAGAAAUCACCUUCUACAUGAAAGGGGCCGACGUGGCCAUGUCCUCCAUCGUGCAGUACAACGACUGGCUGGAGGAGGAGUGUGGAAACAUGGCCCGGGAAGGUCUGCGCACCCUCGUGGUCGCCAAGAGGGCGCUGACAGAAGAGCAGUACCAGGACUUCGAGAGCCGCUACAGUCAGGCCAAGCUGAGCAUCCACGACAGGGCGCUCAAGGUGGCUGCGGUGGUGGAGAGUCUGGAGCGGGAGAUGGAGCUGCUGUGCCUCACGGGGGUGGAGGACCAGCUGCAGGCCGAUGUGAGGCCCACCCUGGAGAUGCUACGGAACGCGGGCAUCAAGAUAUGGAUGCUAACGGGCGAUAAACUCGAGACCGCGACAUGCAUCGCCAAAAGCUCACAUUUGGUGUCUAGAACACAAGACAUUCACGUUUUCAGACCAGUAACCAGUCGGGGAGAGGCCCACUUGGAGCUUAACGCCUUUCGGAGGAAGCAUGAUUGUGCACUGGUCAUAUCUGGGGACUCCCUGGAGGUCUGCCUCAGGUACUACGAGCGUGAGCUCGUGGAGCUGGCCUGCCAGGGCCCGGCCGUGCUCUGCUACCGCUGCUCGCCCACCCAGAAAGCCCGCAUCGUGAAGCUGCUGCAGCCGCGUGCAGGGGGCCGUACCUGCGCCAUCGGUGAGUGCGCUCGGAUUCCGACGGGGGUUGGACCGCUGCUCUGGAAGAGAGGCCAGGAUGGGGUCCCGAUGUCUGUGUCCUCUCCCAUCUCUGGGCCCCCAGGUGACGGAGGAAACGACGUGAGCAUGAUCCAGGCGGCAGACUGCGGCAUUGGGAUCGAAGGGAAGGAGGGCAGACAGGCCUCCCUGGCCGCGGACUUCUCCAUCACGCAGUUCAAGCACAUCGGCCGGCUGCUCAUGGUGCAUGGGCGGAGCAGCUACAAGAGGUCGGCGGCGCUCGGCCAGUUCGUCAUGCACAGAGGCCUCAUCAUCUCCACGAUGCAGGCCGUGUUUUCUUCUGUCUUCUACUUCGCGUCCGUCCCUCUGUACCAGGGAUUCCUCAUGGUGGGGUAUGCGACUCUGUACACCAUGUUCCCAGUGUUCUCGCUAGUGCUGGACCAGGACGUGAAGCCGGAGAUGGCCAUGCUCUACCCAGAGCUGUACAAGGACCUCACCAAGGGAAGAUCCUUGUCCUUCAAGACCUUCCUCGUCUGGGUGUUGAUCAGUGUUUACCAAGGCGGCAUCCUCAUGUUCGGGGCUCUGCUCCUGUUCGAGUCCGAGUUUGUGCACGUGGUGGCCAUUUCCUUCACGGCCCUCAUCCUCACCGAGCUGCUCAUGGUGGCCCUGACCGUCAGGACGUGGCACUGGCUGAUGGCGGUGGCCGAAGUCCUCAGCCUGGGCUGCUACGUGGCCUCGCUCGCUUUUCUAAAUGAGUAUUUUGCACUCCCAGGAUGGAGUCCAGGCCCACCUUUGGACACGGAGCCCACGGGGCACCACGUUGGUGGCCUCAGCCCCAGUAGCAUCUUCAUGUGUCAGAAGCGUCGUGGGCACCGUGGCGGGCUCCCUGGCUGUGCACAUCCCAGCUCCACCAUUACCAGCCUGGUGACCUUGACAAAGUGGCCUCCCAGAACCUGUUCCAACACGUGGCUGCUGGGACACGCUCAGACCGUGGCUGUGGUUGCCACCAAGUUCGUCUGUGUCACCCUGUUGCACAGAUCAGAGGGAUAGUGGGCCGGACUCGCCCUCACCUCUGCAAGCUCACGGGACCUGCCCACGCUUCUUCCCCCGAAAACUGGGGAAGGACCCACCUGACCGCCUCGGAGCACGUGCCGCGGGAGGAACUCACUGCGCACAGAAGGCCCACUCGCUUUGGCUCAGCGUCCCCACCAGCGACUCUGGUCUGCCCUCCUCUGAGCCAGCUUGUCGCGCCCUGCCCCCAAUCCCGGGCCUUUCCAUCCGGGGUUUGUUAGUCACGUCCCUGGGCCGUCCCAGAGUUGAUCGAUGUGGCCCACGGGACCACAGAGGAUGCUUUUUAGGGUUUUUAGAGUCAGGGCGUCGAGAAGAGAAGGAAUAUGGUCAGACGAGCCCAGAGGCAACGUUCGUCCUACCGGUCGUCACCAUCAGGUGCUCCACGGCUCUCAGAGCUGGCCCGAGCCCCCGUAGGGUGGAAACGCUCACCCCGUCCACACCGCACGUAAUAAACACGGCUCGGGCUGCUUUCCUGAUCUGAGGUGACCUUUCCCAGGGGAUUUUCAGAAAAGGGAAAACGGCAUCGUGUCCCCGGAGCUAUUGUCAAUGGCCAUAGUCACAGCUAAAGACGCACCUCGCGUGCUCGCCCUCGCUGUAUGAGGCCUAUUAGUCGCGGGCCCUUGUCACCCCUGUGUGACCGGUGCGGAGGCCACGACCUCCACUACUGAAGUCCACGCAUCCCAUGGACCAGCAGCCGCGUCUGCAGCCUGCCCCCCGGCGGCCAGGAAACCCGAUGACCUGCAGACAGCCGCUCGUCGGACUGCUGUCCAUGCAAACAGGCCCUUUAAGUUCUCUCACUGAGUAGUGCGUUCCCGUCAGCUGCCCGGCCUGCUGUGCCGCGAGGCUCGUCGGUGAGCCCGACAGGCGUGUUCUCGGGCGGAGGCUGCAGGAGAAAUGACACACCCCACAGAGGUUCCCGCCAGCCACAUGUGGCUCCCGGUGAGCGGAGAGCCAACAGCUGGGAGGACAGCAGCAAACCCGGGGGGGUGGGGGGAGCGACACGAAACCUCAGAUGAACAAGACAGACGAGCUGUGUCCAGGGGCCCAGAGUGGCGUGGGUGGGAGGGACCCUCCGGGAGAAGCAUGCUAACAGAGCUACGUAGCAGGAGUGGAGAAUAAAGCCAAGGAGCUCUCCAGGAGGUGAACAAUGGUGAAGAGUUGGGUGGGGGGAGUGGUGGAAACAAGGGAGAUUCCAGGUUCGUCCAGGAGGCCUGCCCUCUGGGGCCCCAGAAGGAGAAUGCACAGGAAAAACCCAGAUCUGAAGCCCGUGUGUUUGCAGACGGAAGCACCUGCCAGGGACAGUGACAGGACCCACACCAAGACCCAGCUUCCUCAGAGGCUCCAGACGCCCUCAGGAUAAAGACCAAAUCCCCAAAGCCCUGGGGAGAAGUCAGCUCAGCGUAUGCUGGGGGCCAGGGGUCGGGAGCAGGAGUGCCUCCGGCAGGGCCCACGAGCCACAGAGAGAGGAGGAGGUGGUGCGGACACAGUCUGCGAAGGCCACUUCCAGAAGCGUCGUCAGAGGACGCAGGCUGAGCAGAAGGUGAUUUGUGUCGGCAGCAAUGUCCUCAGCCCUGCCCCCCUGUCCCUCAGGGUACGGACGUCCUGGGUGCCUCUGCAGGAGGCCGGGAGGCUUCCAGAAAUUCUCCACGUUCAGUGGCCCCUUUUGGAGCAGGUCACGCCCUGGGCGAGGGUUCUGCUCUGAGGCAGCACCAGGGAGGCUCGAGCUGUGCUGGGCGCCGCUGGGCCUGGGUCCGGGCUGGCCUGUGCGGCUCCCGCCCCGCUGUGACCUGCCGGGACCUGUCGUGGGAGCAUCACUCCUGUGGCUUCUCAGGGGCCUUGGGGCGACUCACCCAGACCCUGCCUGUGCAGAGGCAGGACCCCAUGGUAGGGACCUUUGUGGUGAGGGGGACAGGGGAGGGCCCAUCGGACCCUCAGAGAAGGAGCCACGUGUGUGGCGGUGACACGGACGAGUGCUUCAGGCAGGCGUCUUGACGUUGGUGCGUGUGGGGUUGCGACAGACGGGGGGAAGGUGAAGGCAGAGUCCCUCGUGGCGCUGGGGAGGAGGGCGGGGGGAGGGCCCCGGAAUCUAGGUGACUUGCACUAAGAGGUGCGGCCAGACUUGCCCACCUUCAAAUGCUGGCGGGCCCUCCCCGGUCAGUUACCUAGCUAGAGCGUUGCCGUGGUAAAUAUGUCAAUGUCACGGUUCAUCUUAGCGCUGUUGGAAAAUUCGUCUUAAGGCAAAAGCAUUGGCCCUUGAAAAGCAAAAAGUCUACGUGUAUUUUCUGUUACAAGCAGCAUUCCAAACGCACACCAGCUGUCUCUGGGAUGAGCUGUCUCCACCAGGAGGGAAGAGAAGAUCCUCACGCUUCUGUUAAGUGCAGUAACACAGUGUACCGUAAAGUCAUGUGGGGUGAAGAUCGGUGGUAACGUCCAGCCGCUGUACCACGAAAGCAUCUUGCUCUUCACACCAGAACCGCAAAUCACAAAAUGAGUUGCUUAGGCGAGUGUCAACAGCAGGAAUUGUGUAUUUCAUUCCUUUGUCGCAACUAACAUAUUAUAAAUGGCAGAGAAGUAAACGGAAUUCCACUAUAAAAGUAGACAUUGGGUGAAUUCUCAUAUAAGCAUCUACUCAAUGCAAAUAUAUGGGUAGAAAAAAUAUGAAAAGAUAAUGUUUUUAUAUUAAAAGAAACAUUCACUGGGGCACCUGGAUGGCUCAGUUGGUUCAGCGUCCGACUCUUGAUUUUGGCUCAGUCAUGAUCUCAGGGUCGUGAGAUUGAGCCCCCUGCCGGGCUCCACGCUUGGCGGGGAGUCUGCUGGAGAUUCUCUCUCCCUCUCCCUCUGCCCCUGCACCCUUAAAAAGAAAAGAAAAGAAACAUUCACACACACAGAAAAUAGAUACAGCACCUAAGAAUUUGGCUGUUUUCAAAUUAUAAUGUCUUGUGACUUUUUCAAAGAAUAAAUAUUUAGUAUAUUUUCCUGUAUGAACACAAGUUUUAACGCCUAGGAGAAAUGUCGGUUUAUUUUUGUGGCAUGUCAUUUUAAUACGUGUGUUCCUUCAUCUAGUAAUAUUUACAGAACACAAAGCAAAACACUAAAUUGGAAAAAUAUACUGCUAAAAUGAACAAACAUAAAAUGGACAUAGAAUACUGAAUUAAAAGCAGAGACAAACCACAGUCACUCGGGGACGAUCACCUUCCUCAUAUUUAAGGGCCGUAGUUUUAGGUGCAGAUGGCUCAGACACGCCUCCCUUCCUGGUGUCUGGAGCGCAGCCGUGCACACGUGGGUUUUGCACUUCGAGAGUAAAUCCCUUUGGAACCUUGAGACCUGGAUCUCAAGGGGGGAGUGUUGGAUGAUACGCUUUCAGCCGGUUCAGUUAUGCUUUAAAAACUCGUGUGCGGGGCGCCUGGGUGGCUCAGUUGGUUGAGCGACUGCCUUCGGCUCAGGUCAUGAUCCUGGAGUCCCGGGAUCGAGUCCCACGUCGGGCUCCCUGCUCGGCGGGGAGCCUGCUUCUCCCUCUGACCCUCCUCCCUCUCAUUCUGUCUCAAAUAAAUAAAUAAAAUCUUUAAAAAAGAACUCGUGUGCAGACAAGCAGUGACAGGAGGUGUUAAAACCACAGUGACAAAUGUGUUUCCCGCGGCCAUUUCUACUGCUAACCACUCAGUGUCCUGAUACCUCUCUCAGUCUGUCCUUCGUUGUCUUCAUUCCGGUUUUGUGUUCAAACAGGUGUAGACGGAGUGUCUUCGGGAGCUUUCUUAGGUCCGUGAAGCCUCCUUUCUUCCACAAGUAGAGAAAUUCAGCAGAACAGUGCUGGAGACAUGUGGCUAAUGAGAGCAAGCCCCCUCUGUUCCUUGGUGACUCUCUUCGUGGCGCAAGCAAGCGUUUGCCGUGGGCUUUUCCCCGCCGGGUGCUGAGAGCAGGCGCCCGACCUCCGAGUGUCCCCAAGGGCACCGUCCACCCCUCCCUGCAGCACGUUUGCCUUUUCAUCUUUAGUGGUUGAGCCCUGGAAAACAUUUUCAGGGUGUUUCAAAUAUGGUGAAGUCCAGACCAUAUCCAAGCCUCCGUGGGCCGGGAUACACUCAGAUUGGCCGUGUAUGUGUGUAAAAUCCGUGACUCCAGUGGGCUUCUCCCAUUGGUAGGACCAGCUCUGGGGGUCCGCUCUUCACUCACCUCUUCCCGUGAAGUUCAAAUAGCCCAGCUUUGUUACGUGAGCGUAAGGACGAGCCCGCGGGGCCCCCUCGGGUGACGGCCCCACCCACCAACACAGCCGGCGAGACGCAUCACACAGAUGAUCAGUGUGUGGUGUCGCCUCCCAGACCAAGCACCACAGUCCGUGCGUGCGUGGGCCUCCACCCGCUGAAGGGCAUUUGGGGAUGUCACACACGGUCUCUAAUACUUUGGUCUCGUUUAUUGUGUUCAAAGAACUCGUUACACCUGGUAGACAGGUGUAGUAAGGACCGCCUGACGGUCCCUGUGGCGCCUGGUGGUGACGUGAGGAGGCGGCAGGUCUGCGGCUUCCGGCUGUGAGGGCCUGUGGGCGCCUGGGCCGCCUCUCACACCUGUUCCUGUGUCUCCUACAGACGUUGCCUUUAUCACAACCGUGACCUUCGUGUGGAAA